CAGAGAAGUUUCUACUGUAUAGAAGAUGAAGGUCUUACUCGCUCACUCACUCUCAUUUGGGCUAAAGGCAAUUCUUAAAGUAAAAGUGUUAAUGCCUCAUUGGAAACCAUCCUAGAGAGGCAUUCUUUUGUAGCCUUUCGGUGCUUAAAUUCUUCUGCCUUCUCUCUCUUUAUUCUUCCAUGGGAUGAUCAAUUGUUUUACUGCUGCUUCAAUUUUGCUCGGCACAUAUGUAAUUGAUCAAUCAUCUGCUGUUGAAAAGCGAUGCUCUCAGUUUUGACAAAAGCAAAAGCUAAAGCUGCUAUUUCUGACUUUGAAUCCCCAUAAUUCCUUCCCUCUUUCUCUUCUUUGCUUUAUCUUGACUCCAAAUCAAUCACAUUUAUUGCUUCUUGGUAUUUUUUUGAAACUUUUGCCCGCUUUGAAGCAAUGGGAAACUAGACUCGCAAAACCCCUUGCUACCUCAGAAAGAAGAAGUGAAUUGAUCCUAAUAUGGCUAUAGAUGUCUGCUCAGAGAUUUCAAGCGCAGGAAUUAGUCCAAGAAUCUCCUUCUCCCAUGAUCUCAACCAAACAACAGAUGCUGUUUCCAUCGAAGAUCAUCACCAUCGCAGACUAGACUCGUCUCUGUUGGAUUCUGAUUUCGAUUUCUGCAUUGGCAACAGUUUCGUUCAAGAAUUGUCCUCUGCUGAUGAGCUCUUCUCUAAUGGCAAGAUCCUGCCUGUUGAGAUAAAGAAACAUUCCAUUUCCUCUAAAGGUAAUAAUCAUCAGCCGAAGUCUUUGACCUCUCAACCUCAGCAUCAGACCAGUACCGGGACUACAGAGAAGAAGCAACUGAAAGAAUUCUUGUCAAUGAGUCUUGAUGCAGAUGAAAAGCCCGCAUCGAAAUCUUUUUGGCAGUUCAAGAGAAGCACUAGUCUGAAUUGCGAUAGCACUAGAAGCAAAGGCCUCAUUCGAUCGCUACACUUUCUUUCCAGAAGUAACUCUACUGGGUCAGCACCAAAUCCUCCAAAACAAGCAAUGUUAUCCAAGGAGACUCAAAAACCUAAAUUGCAGAAACAAGCUUCUGUUCCAAGUCGAAAACCAUCGGUGCCUAGUUCUGCUGCGUUUUAUUCUUACAAUCCACAGCAGAAGCCUCCUCUAUUAAGGAAGUGUGGUUCUCAUGGGAAUGGAUUCAGAAUCAGUCCUGUCUUGAAUAUACCACCACCUUACAUUUCCAGAGGAGCUGUCAAUCCUUUUGGUCUUGGCUCACUGUUUUGUAACGGUAAGGUUAGAAGGAAGAAGGGAUAAUUAUUUGUGUGUUUUGUUCUGUUGAUGACUGAAUCUUUUCAAGUACAGGUGUCUUUAGCUGUCUAUCAUUUCGGUUCAUGGAUUAGCAUGUGAUUAGUCUGUAAAUUGGAAGAAAAACUAGUAAAGAAAUGAUUAGAUCUUAAGAAGAAAUACAACUACUACAUGGGUUAAUUACUUUUGGAAAGUGAAAACAACAGUAUUAUGGAGGAGGAGGAGUUGUGAUAUUGGAAAUGGAUGAUGGUGACUGUUGUUGACGCCUAGCUAUCAACAUGGCGGUCAUUUUGGGAGACACACUAACAAGGUGUUUCAUUGCUGUCCAUGUCCAUGAUUUUCUUUCUUUUCAUCCUUUGAUUUUUGUUCUUUCUCUCUUGGUUUUCAAUAGUGGCUCUCUUUUGAUCUUUUGAAUUUGAUCUGAGGCCUCCUUAGGUCAUUUCAUAUGUGCGUAAAAAAUACAGGAGAUGCUUCAGUUUGACCAUACUAUUUCUGGGUCCA